GGAUCUUCGAAGAUCUAUGGGAAGCCUCCAUGGUCAUAUUCGGCAUCAGCAUGCUCGAUAACCUAUAACCCCUAUAAUAUUUUGGUUCAAGACCUUCAGGUUUAACUAGAGGCAAGAAAGGGUUAAGCAAUAGAUCAGUUUGUUUUGUUUUAGUUUCGCAGUUCAUGUGACCAGUCAAAGCGAUUUUUUACGCCCUCACUUAAAUACUCAUCAAUGGGACGUGUACCGUCGUUUACUUGACAGUGUUCAAACUGCGUCCAACGGUCCGGACAUGUGCAGUACAUUGAAACAUUCAUCGUCAGUCACAUCUAAAUUAAUCAGACCGUUAUUAUCGUUUACCAAUCAUAACCAUCAAUUGAGUGUGGCCAGAAGAUUUAUGCAACAAUUUGGUAUGAGUUAUCUUAAGAAUCAACAUGAAUUUCGAUGUCAAACAACUGGUUUACCACCAAGGCGCUGCUCGCCCAAAAAAGAAGAACGAAACCUACUAUCUCCAUGUCCUGGUUUAUCCCUACCUCAUCAUGAAACACCUAGUCCAACACGGUCUGAGGAUGAGAUAAGACCAUGGAAUCGAUGGCCAACAACAACAACACUUCUCCGCAAUACUCAACCAGCACAAAUAUUUGCUCGAGAAGCAUCAAGUAAUCAAUUUUUCUAUGAUGACAAAAGAUCGAUGGCUGGUUGGAAAACACAAACUUUACAUGAUGAUCCACUGUUAGUGACACCUUCAUCAAAUGGUUUUCCAAACAUUGAAAUGUUAAAACUCUCUGACCAAUCUUUAGAAAACAGCGGUGAAUCGUAA